UUUUUUUUUUUUUUUUUUUCUAAACAAUAUUCUAAUUAAUUUGCACAAAUAAUUUAUCACUAGCAAAAACAACUUUAAUAAAAAAAAAGUUUUACUAUUUUUUUCUACAACACAAAUAAUAAUAAUAAAAAAAAAUAAUAAAGUUAAUCAUCAUCAAAUUAGUAAUUCAAUAUAUCAGUGUGUGUGAGAGAGAGUGGCAGUAACUUUAUUUGUGUUUAAUUUUUUAUUUAUUUGGAGCUAAUGAUAUUUUUGCCACGACACAAUAAAUAACAAUAAAAUAAUAAUUAAUAUGCUGUAAAAGAUAGUUAAAUAUUAUUCACACUGUCACAUAGUUAUUUUUCAUAGUGAAUGUUUAUGGAUACAAAUAUACAAUUAAAUCAAGGAUGUCGUCAUAAUGUCACGGAUAUAUGAUCUCAAGUAAUAACGGGUGUUAACCCGUGUGGAUUUCAAUCACAAUUAUAUUAGUUGAUUGUAUCAUGAAAUAUAUUUGUGUUUAGUCAACGUAACCAUCACUGCAAUAAUGCCAGGAUGUCAAACUACGUUAGAAAUGAUAGUAAUUCAGGAUCAAUUGAUUAUGAUCGACAAUUUCAAGAUGACUUGGAACGAGCACAGGCACUUAGCCUCGAGAGUUUGGCAUUGGAAAAAUUCAAAAUGCAAAAACAACAAUUAGAUUGUAAUAAUUAUGGACGUAGAGGAUUUACUGAAACUACUUCAGCUUGUAGUAGUAGUAUUAGCGAAGUUGACAGAGCACAACCAACUGAAAGAUUUGUAUUAAAAAGUCGUCCAAGACCAGAAGGUGUACAGCCAAAAAAUAGUGCAAUAAUAGCACCACCACCAAUUCCAUCACGUAGAAAUUCAACGACAAUUGUUAAUAAAACAUCAAAUACAACAACUGAUUUAAUAAAUUUUACAAGUCCAGUUAAACAAGAUACAAUUGUUGAUGAAUAUAGUAGUAUUGUACCACCUGCAACAUUACCAAAAGCUCCAAUUGAACCACGUUGGGAUAUACAUCCAUCUUUAAUAAGAAAAACAUCACGGGUAACACGUAGUAAUAGUUCAGCAGCAUCAUAUCAAACACAUCAUUUUCGUAGUAAUUCACCAUCAUCUGGUGCAAACAUUUCUUCAUCACAUAGCACAAAUAUUGGCACGUCAUCAUCUGGUAUUAAUCAAAUAAUAUCACGUACAAAUUUCAAUUCUUCGAAUGAUUCAAUUCCACAGAUUCCACCGUUACCAUUAAAUUAUAAAUCAAAUCAUUCAACGUCUUUAACAACAACAACAACGACGACGACGACAAUCUCAACAAUUACAACAACAGCUAUAACAACAGCAGCAUCAGCAGCAACAACAACAACAACAGUUACAACAUCAACAUCAACAACGACAUCAAAUAAAUCAGCAGUUGUUAAUUUAAAAAAUGAUCAACAACAACGAGAUAAUACUCUAAAAGUUAUUGAAAAAAAACCAAAUAAUAAUUUAAUUGAUCUCAGUGUAUAUGAAACAAUUGAUGAUAAAACAAAUGUACGUGUAUCUGUACUUGAGGCAUUUGAUCCACUUUUAAUAAAAAUAAAUGAAUCAAAUGGAAAAUUGUCAAAUCAAAUUGAUGAUAAAAAUAAUCAAAUGAAUGGAUCAGUUUAUGAUCCAUUUGAUCCAUUUGAUUAUAUGUAUAGUACAAAUAAAAGUGUUAAUUCUGAUCCAGUUUAUGUUGCUGUUGAAAAAACAGUUAAAUCACCAAGUGUAACGUCAAUUGUUGCACCACCAUUACCACCAAGAAGUUCAUCAGCUUGGAAUACAAUUGAACGACGUCGUGCAUCACUUGAUCGUCGACAAAAACGUAAAACUCGUCUUUAUGAAAAUGUUACAAUAAAAAAAGCUCGUGCAUCACUUAAUGAUUGUGAUUUAAAAGCAUUUCAUAGUAUGAUUAAAGAUGUAAGAGCACAAUUUUUGUAUGAUGAUACAAGUACAAAUAAUGGUUAUGUUGUAAGUCCAAUGAUGGAAAGUGUUUAUCAAGAUGGUACAAGUAUUAAAUUAGUUGUACAUCCACAAUUACCAAAUAAUAAUGAUGCUCUACCAUCAAUAUCAUUUACUUGUGAUAUUAAUUGUACAAUUGAACAUGUUAUAUUGACAGUUGCAUGUUCACUUGAAGAUGAAAAUAUUAUUGAUACUGUUGAUAAAUAUUGUCUUCGUGUUUGGGGUCUUGAUGAGUAUCUAUCAUCAAAUACAACAUUGGCACAAUAUGAAUAUAUUCAUCUUUGUAUUAAAUUAGAAAAAGAUAUUGAAUUAGCAAUUAUGACUAAAAAACAAAUGACAAGAUCAAUAGCAAGAACAUUAAAUGAUGAUAAUCAAGAAAAAUGUCUUAAAUUAGAAGACAUAUUACCAAAUGAACCAUUACAACCAAUAUCAUAUGAUACAUUAGUUAUAUUAUUAGAAACAAUUGAAAAAGAAUUAGAAAGAAUUGAAACAGCUGCUAUUCAAUUAGCAACAUCUGAACAUAGUUCAAUUCUAUUACCACAAUUACAACCACGUAAUGUACAACAAGCUGUUAAAGCUGUUUGUGCAUUAAUGGGUAAUAUUGAAACAUGGGAAAUAACUGAAGCAGUUGAUAAUUUUGUAAAUGCAUGCUGUCAAUAUUUACCACAAGUACAUACACAAAAUAUUGAAUGUAAAAAACCAGAAAUAUUACAUGAAGAUGGUGAUUAUUCAGUUGUUACAUUAAGAACAAAAUUUCCUGAUUUAAUUGGUUCACAUUGUCAUAAAAUAAGAGAUGCAAUACAAGAUCUUGUUGAGACAUAUUGUCAUGCAUUUAGAGUUGAUUUUCAGCUUAAUUCUCGUGGUGAAUUUCCAACAAAUUGUCUUGUAUCAUCAGAGGUACUUGAUACAGUACUUGUACGUGUUGGUUCACUUCAUCGUUUACCAAUAACAUGGAAACAUGAUGAUUAUAUUGUUGCUGCACAAAUAUUUCAUGGUACAAGACCAGUUGGUAAUCCAGUAUUAUCACAACCAAUGACUGUUAAUACAAAUUUUUAUUCAAGAAUUGUAUUUAAUACAUGGCUUGAAUUUCGUGGUAUAAGUGUUUGUCAAUUACCACGUGAAGCAAGACUUGUAUUAGUUAUUUAUGGACGUACUUUACAACCAACAGAACAUGAAACAAAUUUAUCAAAUGAAAAUUCAAUGCAUAAAGAAGAAAUUGGCUGGGGUGCAAUACAAUUUUUUAAUUAUGAUGGUAUUAUGAGUCAAGGUAGUUAUUUUUUAUCAUUAUGGCCAGCAAUUGCUGAUAAAAGACUUGGACCAGCACCAGUACCUGGUAUACAACCAUAUGGUUCAACAAAUCCAAUAAUUGGUCUUGAAUUACCAGAUUAUGGUGGUCGUGUAUCAUUUCCAACUGAAUUACGUGAUCAUGAUGUUGAAAGUCUUGAUAUUAAUUCAUUGGAUCAAAAUACAAAAGAGUUGUUACUUGAUAUUUGUCAACAGGAUACAUUUUCAAGACCACCAAUUGAUGAAAGAGAAAUAUUAUGGGAAAAAAGACAUUAUUUACAUCAAGUACCAGAAGCAUUACCAAAAGUAUUGCUAGCAGCUCAUAGUUGGGAUUGGGCAUGUCUACCAGAUUUACAUGCAUCAUUAAAAGUAUGGCGUCCAUUACCACCAGUUCAAGCAUUACAAUUAUUACUUCCAUGUUUUCCUGAUAUUAAAGUACGUGAAAUUGCUGUUGAAUGUAUACAAGGUCUAAGUAAUGAUGAAUUAGUUGAUUAUUUACCACAAUUAUUACAAGCACUUAAACAUGAAACUUAUGAAGCAUCACCACUUGCUAAAUUUUUAUUAAGUCGUUCAUUAUUAUCACCACGUGUUGCUCAUCAUAUUUAUUGGCUUUUAACUCAUGCUUUACCUGGACAAAGUCCACAAAAUUCAUCAGAUUCAACAACUGAAGAUGAAAAAAGUAUUAGUUUAACACGUUAUCAAAGACGUUUACAGCUAAUGUUACGUGCAUUACUUGCAAUUAUUGGUGAAUCAUUAAGAAAUAAUUUUUUAUCACAACAAUGUUUAGUUAAAAAUUUAAAUGAAGUUGCUGAAAGUAUUAAAAUAACAAAAGAUUCAUUAAAGUUAGAUAAAUUAAAAACAAAUUUACAAGAUAUUCAUUUUCAAUUGAUGGAAGAUGAUGGUACAUGUUUGCCAUUAUCAUUAAGUAGAAAAGUUUAUGGUAUAAAUGUAUCAACAUGUUCAUAUUUUCCAUCAUUUACAUUGCCACUUAGAAUUAAUUUUAUUGGAUGUGAUAAUGUAUUGAAUCCAGCAAUAUUUAAAGUUGGUGAUGAUCUACAACAGGAUAUGCUGACACUACAAAUGGUCAGAAUAAUGGAUAAGCUAUGGUUAAAAGAAGGUCUUGAUUUAAAAAUGGUGACAUUUGGAUGUGUACCAACUGGUUAUAAACGUGGUAUUAUUGAAAUGGUUACAAAUGCUGAAACAUUGAGAAAAAUACAAGUUGAAUUUGGUCUAACUGGAUCAUUUAAAGAUCGUCCAAUUGCUGAAUGGCUUGCCAAACAUAAUCCAUCAGAACUUGAAUAUGAACGAGCUGUUGAAAAUUUUACAGCAUCAUGUGCUGGCUAUUCUGUUGUCACAUAUAUUCUUGGUAUUUGUGACAGACAUAAUGACAAUAUUAUGCUCAAAACUUCUGGUCAUUUAUUUCAUAUUGAUUUUGGUAAAUUUCUUGGUGAUGCUCAAAUGUUUGGAAAUUUUAAAAGGGAUCGAACUGCAUUUGUGUUGACAUCAGAUAUGGCAUAUGUAAUUAAUGGUGGUGAUAAACCAUCAGAAAAAUUUCAUAAUUUUGUUGAUCUUUGUUGUCAAGCAUUUAAUAUUGUACGAAAACAUGGAAACUUGAUACUUCAUCUAUUUGGAUUGAUGACAUCAUCAGGAAUACCAGGUGUAACAAUGGAUGCUGUUAAUUACGUACAAAAAGCACUGUUACCUGGACAAACUAAUCCAGAAGCAGCAGCAACAUUUGCCAGGAUGAUUGAGGCAUCUUUGAAGAGUUGGUUUACACAGUUUAAUUUUUUUUUACAUAAUUUAGCACAGCUACGUUUUAGUGGUGAACACAAUGAUGGAGAACUUUUAUCAUUUAUUCCAAAAACAUAUACAAUGCAACAGGAAGGACAGCUAAAAAGUGUUCAAGUUCAUGGAUAUCAAAAACGUUAUGAUCCAGAAAAAUACUACAUGUAUAUUCUUCGUAUACAAAGAAAAAAUCAACCAGAUCCAUCCUAUCUAUUUCGUUCGUACAAAGAAUUUUGUGAAUUUUAUCAAAAACUAUGUAUUCAUUUUCCACUUGCAAAAGUUGCCAGUUUGUCAAGUGGAAUGAGUGUUGGACGAUCAAAUAUAAAACAAGUUGCUGAUAAAAGACGAGCUGAUAUUGAAAAAUUUUUAGUUAGUUUAUUUAAAAUGGCAGCAGAAAUAUCACAAAGUGAUCUUGUUUAUACAUUUUUUCAUCCUUUAUUGAGAGAUCAACAAAAUGCUGAUAUUCAUUUGCGAAAAGUUAAAGUUGGAAAUUGGUGGGCUGAAAAAAAAAUAAGAGAUAAUGUACAUUGUGGUCAAGUGAAAUUAUCACUUCAUUAUACACGUGGGACAUUGUCAGUGAUGAUUCAUCAUGCAAGAGGUUUGCCAAAAGUUGCCAAUGCCCAAGAACCAAAUACAUAUGUUAAGGUAUAUUUAAAACCAGAUCCAACAAAAGCAACAAAACGUAAAACAAAAGUUGUUAAAAAAAAUUGUCAUCCAUCAUUUAUGGAAAUGUUGGAAUACAGAAUGCCACUUGAUGUUGUUAAAGAACGUACACUCGAGGCAACAAUUUGGAAUCAUGAUACUCUUCAGGAAAAUGAAUUUCUUGGUGGUAUACGUUUACCACUUUGUCAUUUUGAUUUAAACAAUGAAACAAUUGAAUGGUUUUCAUUUGGAAAUAUUCGAUAAGAUCAUUUUUACAAUUUGCACAAAUUUUAUAAUAUAUUAACACUUUUUUUUUUUUUAAUCUCAUCGAUGGAAUGUCGAGUAACGUUUAGAGAUAAACCAGUAAGUAUAAUUAAUUAUAAUUAUACCGUACUUGUCUACUCAUAUAUAAUUUUAAAAAAAAUAUCAGCUAAUCACCAAUUAAUUAAUUAAUUUUGUUUUUUAAUGUAUUUAAUUCUUUAUGAAUUUUUUAAAACUAUUAAUCAAUUUUUUUCUUUUUUUUUAACUAUUGAUGAAUAAGAAAUUUUAAAAAAUAUUUUUUAAGUUUUUAACAAUUUUAUUGUAUACAAGCAGCAUUAUUUGCAAAUUUUAAAAGUCAAAUCUAGUAUUGAAAAACAAAGAAAUAAUAAAAAAAUAAAAAUCAUGUUUUAAGAAAAAUUUUUGAGUAAUAAAUUAAAUUUUUUUUUUUUAAACGAUUGAAAUAUAAAAUUGUGAUAAAUAUUUAUACGUAAUUUUUACAAUAUUUUGCCAGGCUUGUACAUAAAUAUAAUUUGGAAUUUUUAAAGAAAAAAAAAUCAAUUUUUACAACGAAAUAUUAAUUUAUUUCUAUUUUAUCAAAUGAUAAUAAUUUCUUGUACUUUUUGCCUGAAUAAUUUUGCUUAAAAUUAAUUAUUGUUUUAUUAUUUUGAUUAUCAAAGAUUAAUAAAUAUUAAGUGGUUUUUAAAAAAAAUUUUUUACUAUUAUAAAAGAUGAAGAAAAAAAAAAUAUACAAGUCGCGAUUAAUAGUCAAGAGUAAUAAAUAAAUAAAAUUAACAUUUUUUAAAAUUUAAAAUGAAGAAUAAAUGUUAAAAUAAACUUCAAAUAUUUUAUGAAGUAAGCGUGUUUGUUAACUAAAAUUUUAUAAAAUAAAUAAAUAGAUAAAAAUAUUCAACUAAAUCAAAAAC